AUGAACUCGCUUCAAUUUCUGAUGGCCGCUAUACAAAAAUUUGCCUUUGAUUAUGUGUUUUGCAUCCCUAAAAGAGAAGGAUGUGGUCAAAAAGUUAUUACUAGAGGGAGCAAUAGAGAUUUUAGCAUACAUGCUGUUAGUGAGUUUGUUUGUGUGGACUUUGAGAAUGACGCAACAACUACUCACAGAAGAUCUAAAGUUUCAAAUUCAACAUUCCAUCUCUACCAGCUGCAAUGGCACCACAGUCAAUAUGAUUCGAAUGUAAUUUUCCAAGAGGAAGCUUGGUUUGAAUCAGUGAGUAUUCUGGAGUUUGACUCGGAUGAUGACUUUAUCAGUAUACAUGAAGAUGGUUUUCCAUUAGCAAGCAAUCCAGUUGGGAAUAUCUCAAGUGGCCAAGUACUUCAGUACGAAAUAUCUGCUCCCUUUGUUGAAAUGGGUGUAAGUAUGAAGAAUUCCAAAGCUAUAUGA